AUGAAAGGAGUGGAUUGGUGUUUUGAGGAGGAUAACAGAGGUAGGAUAGGGGGUAGAGAGAAGAAGAAUCAAGUGAUAAUGGGUUCCAUUUCGGUAUCAUGGGUCUGUUCAAGUAGAGCAGUUCCAUCAGCAUCUCUGAGCUUACUCGCAGGCUCCAAAAGAAGAAGCCUUGCAUCCCUGAAUAUGAGGAACAACCCAACUUCCUGCCCUGCUUCACUGCUCCUUCACUCCCACUGUUUCUCUCUCUUUUCCUUCCUCUUUUUCUGCCAUCUGUGGGAAGGGCUUGCUCUCAAAUUCAACUCACAAAUUGCAGGUUUAUCUUUGGGGUUGGACUUGAACUCUAGCGUUGGGGUAAGAAAAGAGAGAGGCCAUGGCCUGGUGGUGAGAGCUGGGAAGGCUGCUCUUUGUCAAACUAAGAGAAAUAGAUCUCGAAAAUCUCUGGCCCGGACGCAUGGCUUCCGCAGGCGAAUGAGAACCACCAGUGGAAGAGCAGUAUUGAAGCGUCGACGUGCCAAGGGAAGGAAGGUCCUCUGCACAAAAUCCAACCCCAGCAGUGGAAAACGUGCCUAACCAGUCACCUUUUUGGACAAAUUUCUGUAGGUAAAUGUGGCAAUUCAAUGAUGUAACUUCUACUGGUUGGUUCAUGAGUAGUUUGAUCAAGUUUCAGGCUUAUGCCUAACAAACAGUGCCCCGUCUAUUGUUUCAUUUGAGAAAUAUUUUUUUUGCUGCAUCAUUCUCUGUCUUGGUUAUCUUCUACUAUUCUAUUUCUAUGUGAUUGUUGCUGGUAGUUUUAUUUUCUUUCUUUUUUUUCCCCUUAUUUUAGGGGUAAGCUUUAUUGCUUCUAGUUUCACUUAGGGUUUCCCACUGGACCAGGUGAAGAAGUUGCUAGCUCUAGUGAGCCUUUUUUUUCUUGUAAGUGGCUUACAAACUAAUAGUUUGGUUAUUUAUCAAUGGAUACUUGAUAUG